AUGGCGUCUCAGCCGAAUUCAUCUGCGAAGAAGAAAGAUGAGAAGGGGAAGAACAUCCAAGUGGUGGUGAGAUGCAGACCAUUUAAUUUGGCAGAGCGGAAAGCUAAUGCCCAUUCUGUAGUAGAAUGUGAUCACAUACGGAAAGAAGUUAGUGUACGAACUGGAGGAUUGGCCGACAAAAGCUCAAGGAAAACAUAUACUUUUGAUAUGGUUUUUGGAGCAUCUACUAAACAAAUUGACGUUUAUCGAAGUGUCGUUUGUCCAAUUCUGGAUGAAGUUAUUAUGGGCUAUAACUGCACUAUUUUUGCAUAUGGCCAAACUGGCACUGGAAAAACCUUUACAAUGGAAGGUGAAAGGUCCCCUAAUGAAGAAUAUACUUGGGAGGAGGAUCCUUUGGCUGGUAUAAUUCCACGUACUCUUCAUCAAAUUUUUGAGAAACUUACUGAUAACGGUACUGAAUUUUCAGUCAAAGUGUCACUGUUGGAAAUCUAUAAUGAAGAGCUUUUUGAUCUCCUUAAUCCAUCUUCUGAUGUUUCUGAGAGACUACAGAUGUUUGAUGAUCCCCGUAACAAGAGGGGAGUGAUAAUCAAAGGUUUAGAAGAAAUUACAGUACACAACAAAGAUGAAGUCUAUCAAAUUUUGGAGAAGGGGGCAGCAAAAAGGACAACUGCAGCAACUUUGAUGAAUGCCUACUCUAGUCGUUCCCACUCAGUUUUCUCUGUUACCAUACAUAUGAAAGAAACUACAAUUGAUGGAGAGGAGCUUGUUAAAAUUGGAAAGUUGAACUUGGUUGAUCUUGCAGGAAGUGAAAACAUUGGACGUUCUGGAGCAGUUGACAAGAGAGCUCGGGAAGCUGGAAAUAUCAAUCAAUCCCUGUUGACUUUGGGAAGGGUUAUUACUGCUCUUGUAGAAAGAACACCUCAUGUUCCUUAUCGAGAAUCUAAACUAACUAGAAUUCUCCAGGACUCUCUUGGGGGGCGUACAAGAACAUCUAUAAUUGCAACAAUUUCUCCUGCAUCUCUCAAUCUUGAGGAAACUCUGAGUACAUUGGAAUAUGCUCACAGAGCAAAGAACAUACUCAAUAAGCCUGAAGUUAACCAGAAACUCACCAAAAAAGCUCUGAUUAAGGAGUAUACAGAAGAGAUAGAGCGUCUGAAACGAGAUCUUGCUGCAGCCCGUGAAAAAAAUGGAGUGUACAUUUCUGAAGAAAAUUUCAGAGCCAUGAGUGGAAAACUAACUGUUCAAGAAGAACAAAUUGUAGAAUUGCUUGAAAAAAUUGCUGCUGUUGAGGAAGAGCUAAGUAGGGUUACAGAAUUGUUUAUGGAUAAUAAAAAUGAACUUGACCAGUGUAAAUCUGACCUGCAAAAUAAGACACAGGAACUUGAAACCACUCAAAGACAUUUACAAGAAACUAAAUUACAGCUUGUUGAAGAAGAAUAUUUCACGUCAGCUUUGGAAAGUACUGAGGAGAAACUUCAUGAUACUGCCAGCAGGUUGCUUAACACAGUUGAAGAAACUACAAAAGAUGUAUCUGGUCUCCAUUCUAAACUGGAUCGUAAGAAGGCAGUUGAUCAGCACAAUGCAGAAGCUCAGGAUAUUUUUGGCAAAAACCUGAAUAGUCUGUUUAAUAGUAUGGAAGAAUUAAUUAAGGAUGGCAGCACAAAACAAAAGGCCAUGCUAGAAGUUCAUAAAACCUUGUUUGGUAACCUGCUGUCUUCCAGUGUCUCUGCACUAGACACGAUUACUACAACAGCACUUGGAUCUCUCACAUCUGUUCCAGAAAAUGUGUCUACACUUGUUUCUCAGAUUUCUAAUAUGAUAUUAAAAGAACAGUCAUUAGCAGCAGAAAGUAAAACCGUACUUCAGAAAUUGAUUAAUGUACUUAAGAGUGACCUCCUCAGUUCACUGGACACAGUUUUAUCCCCCACUGUGGUAUCUAUACUGGAAAUCAAUAGUCAACUAAAGCAUAUUUUCAAGACUUCAUUGAUACUGGCUAAUAAGAUAGAAGAUCAGAAGAAGGAAAUGGAUGGAUUUCUCAGUACACUGUGUAACAAUCUACAUGAACUAAAAGAAGAUACAAUUUCUUCCUUGGCUGAAACACAGAAGCUAUGUGAAAACUUAACUGAAGACCUGAAGACAAUAAAGAAAAUCCAUUCACAGGAACUUUGCCAGUUAAUCAGUCUUUGGAAGGAGAGAUUCUGUGCUUUGGAGGAAAAGUGUGAAAACAUGUGGAAACCACUUAGCAGUGUUCAAGAAAAUACAGAGCAGAAAUCUAAAGAUAUAAUCAGCAAAACAACUUCUCACAGUGAAAAAUUUGGUGCUGAUUUUGAUGACUUGUCAGCGGAACUCAGACAUUUUAACCAGGAAGGUACAAAACUGGUUGAAGAGUCUGAGAAACACUGUGAUAAACUCAGUAGCAACCUUGAAGUAAUAUCUCAAGAGAAUGAACAGAGAUGUGAGGCUCUGAACACAAGCACACUUUGUUUUUCUGAACAGUGGGUAUCUUGCUUAAAUAAAAGGGAAGAGGAACUUCAGAAUUUAUUGAAGGUUGUACAACAAGGUUGUGAGGCUUCAAGUUCAGAGAUUACUGAAAAAUUAAUUGGGCAUAAAGCAGCUAAUGAGAACCAGCAUAACAUUCUUCUUGGUCAGAUAACUAUUGAUGAAGAAGAAUUAAUGACACAAAGUCAAGAACUUAAUAAAACUGUAAAAAUUGGUUUGACUAAGCUUAAUUGCUUUCUGCAACAGGAUCUGAAACUGGAUAUCCCAACAGGUACGACACCACAGAGGAAAAAUUAUUUAUACCCAUCAACACUGGUGAGAACCCAGCCACGUGAACAGCUCCUUGAUCAGUUGAAAAGGAAACAGCCUGAGCUGUUAAUGACACUAAACUGUUCAGAAAACAACAAAGAAGAGACCAGUCAGGACUUGGAUGAAGAAAAGGCGGUUCUGGUGCACACUGUUGAAGAACCUCUAAGUCAAGAACCAUCUGUAGACACUAGUUUGGAUUGUUCAUCAAGUGGUGGGGUUCCAUUUUUCCAGCAUAAAAAAUCACAUGGAAAAGAUAAAGAAAACAGAGGCAUUAAUCCGCUGGAGAGGUCUAAAGUAGAAGAAACUACAGAGCAAUCUGUUAUGAAGAGCAGAUUACCUCUACGAGCCCAGAACAAUUUUUAGUUAACUUGAGGACAGGUAAUUUUACUUUCUAAGAAAAAUGAAAAAUAAAACCUGUAACCCCAGAACUUGAGCCUUGUGUAUAGAUUAAA